AUGAAUCGAUGACCUAAAUCGAUCGUAUAUUCGUAUUCCUUUCCACUCUUCCGUCUUCUUCGCCGAUCCUCUGUUCCAAUCAACCAUCGGUUCAGCUUCCCAGCUUCGACUCUGCUCCCACUCUCCGAAGCCGCAGGUUGCUAGCGUCUUUCCUUCCCAGAGUCGCAACUUCCUAGCGUCCCUCCUUGGUCAGCGACUCAGUGCAGCAGCAUCAGAGUUUCAUUUGAGAGAGAGGGAUACAACAAUACUCGGGUCAAGCCACAAAGUCAACCAUUGCAAGUUGCAACGACAAAUUCUAACAACGAUCAAGCACUAUGAAUGCCACUUCGUCAACGAGCUCGAUGUCGAAAGAAACUCAAAAGGCUUUACCAAAAGCCAUUGUGAAUCUUUUUAAGAUUCACAAUGCUUGCAGUUUUCAACAAAUCAUCCAAGACUUGAGAGGUUUGGCUAGAGAAUUUCAAGCUGCUGCAUUGUGUGCUGAUGCUCCGCCAGAAGAACUCCUAUCAAUUGUUAGUCAAGUUGCUUUUAACAUCCAAGGCAUGUUUGUGUUGAAGUCAUCACCGGAGAAUCCACAAAAUGAUCCAUUAAGGAAGGUGAUUAUUGAUCUCUUUAUUGCUAAAGGUCCUACCGCAAAGAUUACAAACACUCAUAUUAUUGACGCAGCUUUAUUGCAACUUAAAAGUUUCAUCACGGAUGAUGAGUUAUGGAUGGCUGCAAAUGAAUUGUGUGUAGUACAACACAAGCCUUGGGUUUGGGCUCUUAAAGGUGUGAAUGCAAGAAAUAUUCCAUCUUUAGAUAAUACCAAUACCAUAACAAAAAGCUCAGCAAGAACAACAAAUUUAGAUGAGCAAGGAUCAAAAGCUAUGAAUACCACUUCGUCAAUGACCUUGAUGUUGGAAGAAACUCAAAAUGCUUUACCAAAGGCUUUAGUGAAACUUUUUAAGAUUCACAAUACCUGCAGUUUUCAACAAAUCAUUCAAGAGUUGAGAGAUAUGGCUAGAGAAUUUCAAGUUGCUGCAAUGAGUGUUGAUGCUCCUGCACAAGAACUUCAUUCAAUUGUUAGUCAGGUUGCUUUUAACAUCCAUGGCAUGUUUGUGUUGAAGUUAUCACCGGAGCAUCUACAAAAUGAUCCAUUAAGGAUGGUGAUCAUUGAUCUUUUUUAUGCUAAGGGUCCUACCGCAAAGCUCCAAAUGAUUGAUAUUCUUAAGGCGGGUAGAUUGCACCUCGGAUGGCACAUUUUGUUUAAAGACAUGCAGAUGGCUCUAUAUGAUUUGUGCAUUAGAAAAGACGAGGCUUGGGUUCUUAAAGGCAUGGAUAGAAGUAUGAAACCUUUGUGCCCUGACAAGUUGUCUUAAAGUAAUAAGGUCAAAGCCCGCCAAGGGAUGACACAAUGGCCCUUAAAAAUAGCAAAGUACGUUGGUGAUAUCGAAAAAGGAGGACAAGUACUUCAGGAUGUAUACUCCUCGACAGUUGGGGGCCACAUCAGUCAACUUCCUGAUGAAAUUCUUGAGUGUAUUCUCAAUAAAUUAAUUAUUAGAGAUGCAGUUAAUGCAAGUUUGGUAUGCUCUAGAUGGAGACAUCUUGUUAUGACCCGGCGGGAUUGCCUCUUUUUUGAUCUGUCUAGCAUGUUCAAAAUUGGAAGCCUUGAGAGAACAAAAUGUGUUUGUUCAGAAUACAAAUCUCGAUUUGUAUCAGCCGUCUCUAAAUUUAUAGUUUCUUAUAGAGGGACACGGAUAAACACGUUUGCUUUCCGUUUCUGCCUGAUUAAUGAAUACCCACAUGCUGUCUUCCAUUGGAUUCGAUUUGCUUUUGAUUUAGGCGUGGAGAUGCUCGACAUGGAGUUUCAUUGUGAAUGUUUCACACCUCAAGUACCAUUGUCUAGUAUUCCGUGGAAAAUUCCCAUUGAGCUUUCCCCAAGAGGUCAACCUGUUCUAAAGAGUCUUCUGUUAUCGAACUGUGAUGUAGCCACAACUUUUACUCUGUGUCCAUUCAUCCAGCUAGAGGACCUCAGAUUUCAUCACCUGCGUUUGAAGUCUCAUUUUAUGUGGAGUGUGCUUUCAGGCUUAGUAAAUCUUAAGCACUUGGAAAUGAAAGAGUGCGAAUUGCGUCCCUAUUUAAGCCUUAACUCACUCACCAGUCUAGAGGGUUUAUGGGUUACGCAUUGCGUCGGGUUGGAAAAGAUUGACAUGGCUAAUCUUAAGCUCAAGACAUUGAGUGUUUUGUGCAGGAGCACUGUUUCAUUGGGGCUAACUGGGGCUCCUAACUUGAAUGCCCUCAGUUACGCAGUGCAUGACGGUGGCUUGCGCCACAUUUUUUCACAUCUUCCGGAAACUCUUCCCCAUUUGAGCAGUUUGAGGGUGGUCUCUUUUUCCAGCUGGAUGGAGCACAUGCCAGAAAGCAUAGCUACAUUCUCAAGACUAAGGACACUAACGCUCGCAUUGGACCACGGAGUGGGAGAUAUGAUGUUUAGGAUAGUUCAACUUCUGGAUUCGUGCCCUCUACUCUAUGGUCUCAGUAUUGUGCUGAGCACCCGAGAGGACAAGGAGCACGAGAAGCUAGAGUCCAUUGAUGAAUACUACAACCAUCAUGAACAUCUAGAGUGGAUUGAAAUCCGCGGAUUUGUGGGCACCAAGUAUCAGAUUGAGUCUUGCAAGUGUUUGCUCAAACUUGCCCCUCGCGCCAAGUCGAUGAUAUUAACGUUUCCUCUGCCCGCUUUGUUGUCCCCGGCAACUGAAGCUGGGCACAGAAGUCAUCCCCUGAAUAAAGAAGAACGCAGAAGUGCAGUAAAUGCCCUGAAAGCAGUUUCAAAUGAUGUGAAAGUGUUCUUCAUUUGAAGAAGCAAUUGCAUCAGAUAAAACUGGAAGAGCUCAUCUCUUCUGAUAAUUGAAAUUCAUAUAAAAGUCAUGUAUUGGGAGAUAUUACUGUGGAUUGUCUUUUGACCUCAUCUCCUCCAAUAAUUACAAUUUUCUUUU